CAUAGUUUCUAAGUUGAAAUCUCUUAUUGUGUUACAACCAAGUGACAGUACUUCCAACUUUUCCCGCAAGGCGUGAUGGCAUUAAAAUCACAUCUGCCGAAUUUUCCAUGGAUUUUCCUACAUCGGAAAGCCUAUUUUUUUCGUGACCGGUCGCUUGAGUUUAAUCUUUGACUUCCUUCUUAUUAUUACUCCACGUGUCAACAUCCAUACUACGGGCUUACCAGGUCUCGUCUGAUCAUUACUCCACGUUGAGAGUUAUCUUAACCCAGGUUUCACUAAACUAUAAUUAAAAUCAAUAUUGGUAGAAACGGCCCAGAAGAGACGAAGGGAGAUUGACUAAUAGGAAUAAUUGACAGAAAGAAAUGGCAGAAGACGAGAUAUAUGUACGUACAUUGGCUACAUUCGAUACAAAAUUUCCAGCAGACACCGUCGAGUGGUGUCCUGUAGAGCCAUAUCGAAAUGUAUUAACAUGUGGAACAUAUGAAUUAAAUAAAAAUGAACCUAACACAAAAUCUACCUAUAGACAAGGGCAAAUCUUAUUGUUGCGUAUAACAAAUGGUGGAGAGUUAGAAUUGCUGCAACAAGUAUGCACUUCAGCUAUAUUGGAUAUGAAAUGGUUACAUGUCACAGAUAUUAUAGAAACUCGAAUAUUACUCGCAGUUGUCGAUUCCAUGGGAUACUUACAAAUUUAUCAAUUGAAAAACGAUGGAAAAAGAAUAGAAUUUAUUACUAAAUUAAAAGUCAAUAAUGAGGAGAACGUGAUGGCGUUAUCUUUAGAUUGGUCCAGAAGAAACAGUCCUGCCUCUGAUCCUAUCAUUAAUACAAAUAUUCUUGUGAGCGACAGUGCAGGACACAUCUCUCGUUUUACGUGGGGUGAAGCGGGUGAUCUGACGAAAGAUUUUACAUGGCCCGCUCACAAGUUCCAUGCAUGGAUUGUCGCCUUUGAUUAUUGCAAUCCAUUAAUUUUUUAUUCUGGAGGCGAUGACAAUAGAUUCUUAUGUUUUGAUAGCAGAACUGGAUCUCAUCCUGUAGUUGAAAAUAAGAAGCAUAUUGCCGGUGUUACUAGCAUCCAUAGUAAAAAAUUCUUACUCGCAACCGGAAGUUACGAUCAGAAUGUAAGAUUGUGGGAUAAGAGAAAUUUCGCUCGGCCAAUAUCGACACUUUGUCUCGAUGGUGGAGUCUGGCGUUUAAAAUGGGAUCCGUUUACUCAUCAAUAUCUGCUCGCCGCCUGUAUGCACAAUGGUUUCAAGAUCAUUAAUCAUGAUAUAUUAUCAUCUGUUGUUGUCAAUUAUAAAGAACACAAAGGUUUAUCGUAUGGCUGUGACUGGUCAUUCUUAAAACAGUCGGAUAUUUCGAAUUUAAACAUAUCUAAUGGAGAUACCUUGAUGAGCACUUGUUCCUAUGAAGAUUGUCUCCUUAAAGUAUCUGUAAUUGAUUUUUGGCCGGAUAAACGUAUUGAGGAAAAAGAUUAUUAAUAUGGAUAAGAUGAAGGAUAUUCCUGAAUAAACAUUAUAGCAAUUUUAGAAACAUGAAUUAGAUAUGUUUCAUAAUUUAUAUAUGCUUAUUUAUAUAGAAACC